CAUUUCUCUCGACUCUUUUUCUUGUUAAACGAAGUCUAAGGUAAGUUUCUUUGCUUGUUCAUCUGUUCUCAUCGACGAAACGUAAUUUCGAAUCAAGAUGGGUCGUCGUCCGGCUCGUUGCUACCGGUAUUGCAAAAACAAGCCAUACCCCAAGUCUCGUUUCUGUCGAGGUGUUCCAGAUGCUAAGAUCAGGAUUUUCGAUUUGGGCAGGAAGAAGGCUAGCGUAGAAGACUUCCCCCUCUGCGUUCACUUGGUUUCCGAUGAGUACGAGCAGCUGUCUUCCGAAGCGUUGGAAGCUGGUCGUAUUUGCGCUAACAAGUAUUUGGUGAAGCACUGUGGUAAGGAUGCAUUCCACAUCAGGAUGCGAGUUCACCCUUUCCAUGUCAUCCGCAUCAACAAAAUGUUAAGUUGUGCUGGAGCUGAUAGGCUCCAAACAGGAAUGAGAGGUGCCUUUGGCAAACCCCAAGGUACUGUUGCACGUGUGAACAUUGGACAGCCCAUCAUGAGCAUUCGCUCUUCUGACAAGUAUAAGGCCGCUGUCAUCGAAUCCCUUCGCCGCGCCAAGUUCAAGUUCCCCGGACGCCAAAAGAUUUACGUUUCAAAGAAAUGGGGAUUCACCAAGUUUGAACGCGGAGUCUAUGAGACCAUGAAAGAGAAUGCCCAGCUUGAACCUGAUGGCGCAAACGUCAAGUAUCGCCCAGAUCACGGCCCUCUUACUUCUUGGUAUAAAUGGCGUACGAUUUUCAGCCAACAGUAAUUUGGUUGUCCAAUCCAUCUUUGUUAUUCAAUUACCAUCUUUGAAUUUUUCAAAUAAGAAUAAAUGGAGGUGGAAUUCAA